AUGCGCCUAUCAAUCUCCACUGCCUCUACUCAUCCUCCGUUCAGCUACAAGAGCGUCCUGUCUCCUAAGGAGGAAUCCAAAUCCAAUAGCUCCAAUCUCAUACUCUACCUCCCUCCCGGCCCCCUUUUUGACCGGUCACAAUACACCAAAGGCCAUGGGUCUACGGGUACAACGAGCACAUCAAACGGUUCCUCUGCUGCAAAGCAGAAUACUUUCACAUUGUUACCAGAAGAGAAUCUGGCGAUAACUACUCUAUGUACUACUGUGGUGGUGAAAUACCGUCUUGGAAGAAUACAAGCGGCCGGAAUCCGAAAGACCUACAGAUAUCCUACGCCAGUGCACGAUACAUUGGCUGGACUUGACUGGGCAAAGAAUGAGUUUCAGCCAGAUAAUGUCUUUGUUUUUGGGAGACAUAUCGGUGGCUCGUUGGCGCUUAUGUUGGCGCUAACCGAAGCUCGGGGACUCAAGGGUGUUGCAGCAGAAGAGCCAAUAUGCGAUUGGGUUGGCUUAGACGAUUACUGCAUUACAGAUAUCGAAAAAGCAGGGCCUGAUACGGAGAAGCCAGAGGUAGAGCAAGAUAAAGAAUCGGCACGGAAACGCGGCCGGAAGAAAAAGGAGCCUCUACCAACACCAGCGGACCUUGUACCUCUGCUUGAUGCAAGGCGCCGACUCUUCCCUACCCCGGAGAAGUACUUUGAUUCUUUCGCGUCUCCGACCCUUUUUCUCCGAACUUCAGGAAAAUAUAUACCUUUGGUGUUUCCGACUUAUCUGACAGGGCCGGAGUAUCCCACACCUGUUCUAAAACGGCAGCCCAAGACCGAAGCUGACGCGUUAUACAUGACGGAUUUACUUGCUUCGUCACCGUCGGAAAACUCAACGAGCACAGAUCGCAGCGAAAAUAUACCAGACAAGUCUCUCACGUCACUGAUCAAACCUGUACGUAAACGAAAAGUGUUAUCGCGCUGGCCGCCUUCGGGAUUGGAUUAUGGGCUGGAAGCUUAUGAAGCGCAGAAUCGAUGGGUUAAACGGGAAGAGACCGCGCUCCCAGAUGUUCGGAUAUUCGUCCGUGAUGAAGACCUGUAUGCAAAAGAGUUGGAAAAUCAGGAUAAGGCUACGAGUUUGGAUGAUAGAAUUAAUACCCUGAUGGAAGCUUUGAAGCUGGACGGUUAUUCGAAUGGCCAGGAAAUGGGUCGGAAUUCCCCAUCAAAAGGCAAAGCACAUGGUAAUACUGUGCUAGCUCGUCAGGGAAAAGAGAUGGUUUCCCUCAUGCGCAGUGCUUGCUUUUGGGACAGAAAAAAAGGAGCUGCUGAACGAUGUGUGAAGCUGGUUCCAAUCUUACCUCCCGAUGCGGAUCAAAUAUCUGGUUCUUCCGGCAAUGAAGCCGCAGAUUCUACCCCUUAUGAGGUAAGGCCUGUUGAAGUGCAAGCUGGUCAUCGCUUCAUGGAGAUUCUGCAGGGAAGUAAACAAGAGUAG